GUUGGAACUUCGGACGAAGAAGCGGGUCAUCAUUCUAGAUUUCAGUAUAGAUGAAAUAGAGCAAGAGGUAGAACGGUAUAGCAAAAGUGAAACUGAGCAAGGAGUGAAAUCAAGGACUGUCGCGGCUCGGGAAGGAAGAUGGAAGACACGACCUCAAGCCCUUCAAGAACCGCAGUGGCGUCGCAGUCCUGGGGCUCCUGGCUGUUCCAAAAGCUUUUCGGCUUUCCAAGCUUCGCAACAACCUGCUCCGGUGGAGGCUGUAGCAGUACAAUUUCUGGCACGACCACAGAUUCAUCAUCGGGAGCUGCCAACGCACUAACUUCCUGCCCGGGUGGAAGUAGAAACAAACUCUCGAUCUUUUCCUGCCGAAAAACCAAUGGCGAUGCUCAGGAUGAAGAACUGUACGUUACCGAUUUAGUCUCUUCAACGACCGGAGCGUCCCCGGUUUUCCCCUACGCCCCGGCUGCGUACGCCCCGGCUAGUACUCUCUCCGGAGAUGCACCGUCGGCCACGGGUGUUGUAGGAGGCGGAGGUCUUCUUGUUCCUCCUAACAUGAAUUUUAUCCCAACGGUCGGAACGACAUCAAGUCAAUUUCAGCAGAACAACUCUGACAACAGUUAUUCCCGCAGUGCCAGCAGUUCUAAGUCGAGCGUUGCCGCCACUACCACCUCCUUCACCUCCGGCUUUCGCUCGCCGGUGUUCCCGAUGCCGCCGAACCUGAAAAACCCAAACACUUUCAACUUCCACCAAAGGCAGUCUUUCGGCCAGCACAACCGCGCCUCCGCACCGCUUCCGCCGAAAGCGAAGCAUCUCCUGGACGACUUGCGGCUGCCGAAGAAGACGCCGACCAGGAUUCCGGUCGGAGUUUUAGACGCGAGAAUCAACGUGAACAGUAGCAUGGAGGAGAAGGGGGAGGCACUGUUGGCCUUGUACAGGGAGUUCGUGGGCGACAUGAUGUUCGGCGGCGGUAUGGAGAUGGAGCGGGUUUCCACCGUGUUACGCCACGGUGGCCACCAGUAUCGCGGUGGCAAUCUGAACAAGAUGUUUCGCACGAGCGGGAAUGGGGCCACGGGUUUUCAAUUCGAGAAAUUCGACCGGAAGGAGGUGCAUCUCCAGCUGGACCUGAACGACACGAGCUCUUUGAAGAUCAACGAAUUGGACGGUCGCGUGGUCGAGUUUCCCUUGGCUGCGGUCAAGCGGGUAUCGCGGAUGCAGGGCACGAACAAUUCGACGAAUGAGGUCGACAGUCCGACGGGAAACCGACGACACACUUCAGCAGCAGGAGAGCACUUCGUUCUUAUCGAAUUCCACAAGAAAAAGCUUGCCUUUGCGGUAAAAUCGCUGUUCGAGAGCCAGAAAUUUGUCCUCUGCAUGGAUCUGCUAGUGAGCCAGGUGCAGGAGAAGACGGCUGCUAGUGCUGGCGGGUUUCCCACAACCACGACCACGAACGACAACUACGGCCGGAGUUUCGCAGCUUCUUCAGGCGCAUUUAUCGGGCCAAACAAAGUCCCCAUAAACCUCUUCGAUAAAGGAACCGCUACCGAGCAGAUCAAACGCGGCUUCCAGAACUUUCUGCACGUCGUCACUAGUCCAAGUUCGAUGUUCCGAGAAACGGCGCAGGCAGACAGUAAUUCGUCAUUGUACAAAGCAAAAACGCGGCCGCCAGGAACUACUGCAACUACAACACAGUAUCUGCUCGAAGUCGAGCAGCCUGACUUUCCUCCGAAAUUCGAGAUGCAGGUACUAUCGAAUGUGGACGAGGUUGCGGGCAUGAAAUCCGGGAAAAAGCUACCGUCGUUCCUCGCAAAUUCCCCCAAUAGCACCGCCAUCGGUGGGAGAAAUAGUCCGUUCAAACGGAGCCCGGGCGCGUCCCGCGGGACCAUUCCGAAACCAAAUCGCGGGUCGGCUGGGUUACCUCCCAAGCCGUUUUCACUCCCGGGAGCGGAAUCGAAGUCAACUGCGGCUUCAAGUGCGAAGUCGCCGGUCGUGUGAGACACAGUGCAGAUCUCAGCACGAACAGGUAGCGCGGCCGCGGCUCCAUAAUGGAAAUUACCAAAUAUUUAAAUGAUGAAAAUUACACUUACAACACACGACAUAAACCAAAAAGUGAAUGUUUCGCAUACGAACUAAACACGUUGCUGGGUUGCACGUCCUCAAGCAUAGCAUUCUGUCUCCGUGCUCGCUGGCUAGUAUUCGUUUCUUGAGAAUAAAGGAAAACCAAAGAGACAUAUCUGGUCGCAACUUGACAACUUUUUUUCACGCACUAAAAUUUAGAGGGCGAGGGCGGG